UCUCUCACAAUAGCUUAUUUUGGUUAGACAACAAGGUAAAGCAAUUUAAAAGUGCAAGUGGAUGAUAAAUGACAUGUGCCACUACAGCUAAGACUCUACAGUCUCAUUUUAGUAACAACAUCCUCAUCAGAAUUCCUCUAUAAUUUACUAUAUCAUUCAGUUGAAAAUUAUGCAGGCGAUGAUGGGAUAUCUCUUAGAUUACCUUUCUUGUUGUCUCUGCUUAUAUUUCCUCAUAAAUCUCAUCAAAUUUCUCAACAAAGUAUUAUGGACUCCGAUUCGCAUCCAAUCUUCCAUGAGAGCACAAGGGAUAAGAGGGCCUUCUUACAGAUUCCUGCAUGGAAAUACCAGAGAAAUUACAGACAUGAGAAACAGAAUCAUGAAUGGUCCAAUGGAUUUAGGGCAUGAAAUGCUUUCAAGAAUUCAGCCUCACAUUUAUUCUUGGAUCAAGCUAUAUGGGGCCAAUUUUCUAAACUGGUAUGGUCCUAAAGCUCAACUUGUCAUCACUGAGCCAGAGCUAGUUCUAGAAGUACUGAACAAUAAAGAGGGAGCAUAUGAAAAGAAACUAAUGCAGAGUUACACAGACAAGUUUUUAGGGAAUGGACUUAUAUUAUCUCGAGGUGAAAAAUGGUUGAAGAUGCGUAAACUGGCCAAUCAGGCUUUUCAUGGAGAGAGCUUGAAAGGUAUGAUACCGGCGAUGCUUGCAAGUGCAGAGACUAUGCUGGAGAGAUGGAGAAGGGAUGAAGUAAAGGAGAUUGAGAUGCACCAAGAAUUCAGAGUUCUAACUUCGGAGAUAAUUUCCCGGACAGCUUUCGGAAGCAGUUACCUGGAGGGAAAGAACAUAUUUGAUAUGCUUGCAAGAAUGGGUAGCAUAGUCUCUAGAAACAAUUAUAAAGUUGGAAUUCCUGGGAUUAAGAAGUUGCUGAAAACUCGGGAUGAUUCUGAAUCAGAGGAACUUGAGAAAGGCAUACGGGAAUCUAUCUUAAAGAUGAUCAGGAAAAGAGAAGAGGAGCUGUUAACGGGUAACGAAGAUGCUUAUGGGUUUGAUUUUUUCGGAGUACUUCUAAAGGCUUAUCAUGAUAAUGACAGAACAAACAAAAUAUCAGUAGAUGACAUUAUUGACGAGUGUAAGAGCUUUUAUGUUGCUGGAAAACAAACAACAUCAAGCUCACUCACCUGGACUGUUCUCUUUCUAGCAAUCCAUCCGACCUGGCAGGAAAGAGCUAGAGAAGAGGUCCUUCAAUUAUUUGGUAGAGGGAAUCCUAGUCCAGAUGGUAUCCGAAGAUUGAAAACUAUGAGCAUGAUUAUUAACGAAUCCUUACGGCUAUAUCCUGCUGGUUUCAAUAUCGUAAGGGAAGUCCAAAAGGAAGUCAGACUGGGGAAGCUCAUUGUGCCAGAAAAGAUGUACAUCUGUCUUCCCAUUCUUGCAAUUCACAACAACCCAUGUCUAUGGGGAGAAGAUGUUCACUUAUUUAAACCCGAAAGAUUUGCAGAUGGUGUUGCUAAAGCAACCGAAAAUAGCGUUGGGGCAUUUUUUCCAUUUGGUGGAGGGCCUCGAAUUUGUGUUGGCUCAAAUUUUGCAACUAUAGAAAUGAAGAUUAUACUCUCCAUGAUUCUGCAGCACUACAGGUUUACUCUGUCACCUAAGUAUGUUCAUUCACCGGUGGACGCUCUCACCAUAUGCCCACAAUAUGGACUUCAAAUCAUGCUUCAACCAUUGUAAAAUGAGAUUUUGAAGAUCAAGAUUGCCUUUGAAAGGACUUGAUGCAAUACUAAUUAAUGUAAAAAGUUUGGUACAGUGAAGUUAAAAUAUAAGAGCUCAAUAAAUAAGGCCUAAAAUUGUGUCUUCUGUAGAUA